UCCUUGUUGGUCGCCCCUUUGACUCUCCCUCAACCACCCAAAAAUAUCGUCCGGCUCUCCUCUGCCUUGUCUGUUCCUUCAUACUCUAUUUUGCAUAUAUCCUCUAUUUCGACCUUAUUACUAUCUAAAAACUAUGGCCGCGCGUGGACGCAAGACACUAGACGGCGCCUCAGAACCAGAGCCGGUGUCCGAGUCGAAUCAAGUCGUCAAUAGUUCAGGGUCAAGUAGCAUAUCGACGCUGCUCACGACACCGACGGCAGAGGCUGAACGGGACGAGGUGAAAGUGAACAACGCAAGCGUGUCGGACAUGAAGCAUGCGUGCGACGACGCCCUAAAACGCUUCCUCUCACGCCCUGAUCUCUUCAAGCAAAUAUACACGCACGCCGACGUCCGGCUCGGCCUUGGCUGGGCAAGCGUUAUCGUCGCCGCUGGCACAGGACUGUACGGUUAUAAGGUCGAGUUCGAGACGAGCAAGCCCGUGGUAUGGGGCGGCCUUAUCCUGUACAUACUCCUCACCGUGCUCCAAGCACUCUACGCCUAUUUCAUUGAAGGCGACAUUGUCUUUGUGGGCAAACGUAAAACACUCGAUAAGCGGAUCGUAACCGAGCGGGUAACAAUCUCCUCGACGUCGACACCAUCAAAGCCCGACACGCCGCCGGCGUACGCACUCACACUUAACUUUGUGCGUUCGACGUCGGGCGGCAAGAGCCUGCUGUCCAAGGGGCGGUCAUCGGUGCGACGUGCGUUCCCUCCAGUUUACCUCGCUGCCGUCCUUGAGUACCUGGCAGCUGAGAUUCUCGAACUUGCUGGCAACGCUGCGCGCGACAACAAGAAGCAGCGUAUUGUCCCUCGUCACUUGCAGCUUGCCAUCCGCAAUGAUGAGGAGUUGAACAAGCUCCUUGGUGACGUUGUCAUCUCACAAGGUGGUGUCGUACCACACAUCGACCCUGCACUCUUGCCAAGCAAGACGCAGAAGGGCAAGAAGGGCGAGUCUCAGGAAGUUUAA